UAUAGUCGGGUUUGAAAUUAAAAAAAAAAGUCGGGUUAGGGUUGCGCAUGGGUGGAGUCAACUAACCCGAGUAGCCACAGUGUUUUCCAAGUUGCAACUAAAAGCAUACCCUCUCUUCCUUGUGAGAGUCCCGACGAUGGCUAUGGACAAGUCACCGAAGAAGCAAGUCUACUUGUUCUACUGCGCCGAAUGCGAAGACCUUGCUCGGCAGGUCGCUUCUCAGUCGGACCUCAUUACUCUCCAGACCAUCAAAUGGAGGAACUUUGACGAUGGGUUUCCAAACAUUUUCAUCAACAAUGCACAAGACCUUCGAGGCCAACAUGUUGCCUUUCUUGCGUCCUUCAGCUCCCAAGGUGUUAUCUUUGAGCAGCUGUCUGUAAUAUAUGCACUCCCCAAGCUGUUUGUUGCAUCCUUCUCUUUAGUGUUGCCUUUCUUCCCAACUGGUUCCUUUGAACGAAUGGAAGAAGAAGGGGAUGUUGCAACUGCAUUUACCAUGGCGAGAAUGUUGUCAAACAUUCCCAUAUCAAAAGGUGGCCCAACCAGUUUAGUCAUUUAUGACAUACAUGCUUUGCAGGAGAGAUUUUACUUUGGGGAUCAUGUUUUGCCUUUGUUUGAGACUGGAAUCCCUUUGUUAAAGGAACGCCUCCACCAGCUUCCUGACUCUGAUAAGAUAGUUGUUGCAUUUCCUGAUGAUGGAGCUUGGAAGCGAUUCCACAAGCAGUUGGAUCAUUUUCCCAUGGUUGUGUGUAACAAGGUUCGUGAAGGCGAUAAGAGGAUAGUUCGAAUCAAAGAGGGAAAUCCUGCAGGGUUUCAUGUAGUCAUUGUUGAUGACCUGGUGCAAUCUGGAGGCACCUUAAUUGAGUGCCAGAAAGUUUUGGCAGCUCAUGGUGCAGCCAAGGUUAGUGCUUAUGUCACCCAUGGAGUUUUUCCUAAGCGCUCAUGGGAGCGUUUCACUCACAAGAAUGGAGAGUUGGAGAAUCCGUUUGCCUAUUUUUGGAUCACAGAUUCCUGCCCGCUUACUGUCACAGCCGUUAAAAAUAAAGCACCCUUUGAGAUCUUAAGUCUAGCAGGAUCCAUUGCUGAUGCUCUACAAUAGACGGAAAACACUAGUUAGGUAAUGUGCAUCUUAUGACAGCAUGACGAUAUUAGGGGAAGACCUGCAACAUAAGAAGGCUAUUUCAGAUCAACUUGCUGGAAGAGUGUGAAGGCUAUUUAGAGUUGCUAAUAACCUGACUGAAAUGAGGCUUUUGCUGUCUGAAAUCCCCUAUAACUUUAGAACUUGUCAUGUUAUCGUUCUGCGCUGUGUAAUAUGUUCGAAACACAAUAAUCUAUUUAACUUCCAUUGAAACUUAACGAGCACAAUUGUUUAGAAUGGCAUCCCUUAUAAAUUUGGGAAUGGUUACUGACCAUCUUUGGCUAUCACCAACACAGACUUGCUAGCUAUUCUAUGUUCUACCAUAUUAGCAUCUCUAAGAGCGUAGCUGAUCAUGUAAUUAGAAUGCCCUCUCAUGACCACUUUUCUCUUUUUGAUAAAGAAGACGACAAUAGAUAUUAUUAAGAUGC